UUUCUCCUCUCACGUCUUUUUUUCGCCCACAAUAUUAUUAUAUAUUCGUUUUUAUUACAAUAUAAUUAAAUAUUAGGUAGUUUUCUUCUUUCGAAAAAAAGUGUAGCUAUUUUUAUUCGACAAAUUCGGAAAAAAAAGAAUGAAAAUAAGUGAUUAAAAAUAUUGAAUGAAGAGUGGAGGGGAAAUCUUUGACAUGCGGAACUUUUCCGCAUUAAUGUCAAAACAAUCAUUGUCAAGUUGAUAAUAGUUUUUAAGGGGAAUUUUACUCGGUUUUAUCAUCGAAUUUUAUUUGUUUUAUGAUUAUUGUUAAUUCUCAAAUAGUUUAGGAAAGUGUUUUCUUCAUUUUUCUUCCCGAAACAAAAAUGAAUUCUCAUCCCCUUUGUGAGGAGUCGCCUUUAUUGCAAGCAAUUUUUCGAGGAAAUUUUGAGGUCGCUAAAAUAAUGGUGAAACAUGAAAGAAUCGAUUGGCAUGACUCAGAAAAUCGUUCAUUUUUACACGCAGCAGCUUAUAGAGGCGAUUUGCGAAUUGUCGAGUUACUGAUUGAAAAUGGCGCUGACGUGAAUAAAACGGACAAUUCGGGACAAACUCCAUUGCAUAAGGCGUGUUAUUUAAAUAAUCGGGCAAUUGUUAAUGCUCUACUUUUACAAAGAGCGGAUCCAAACGUUCAGGAUUGUAAUUAUCAGACACCUCUUCAUAUUGCCGCCGCCAAUAAUUCGAUACCUUGCGCUCAACUAUUAGCACCAGUUGUUGAUAUUGACGCCAAAGACAGCGAAGGAAGAACGAGUUUACAUCACGCAGCUUUCAACGGCCACGAGUGUAUGACUAAAUUUUUAUUAGCCCAUCAGGCGUCAAUCGAGGAAAAUGAUAAAAAUGGAAGAAGAGCGUUGCAUGUGGCAGCGCACAUGGGACACGCGUCUGUCGUUGAACUUUUAUUGCAAGAAUUGGCGAAAGUCGACGCUAAAGAUGAAGAUUUAUAUACAGCAUUACACGCGGCCGUCGCAUCUGGUAGAAAUAAAUGUAUUCGACUACUACUGGAAGCGAGUGCAAAUAUCGAAGCUCAAACACUCAAUGGAAAUACACCUUUGCAUGUCGCUUGUCUCAAUGCGCAGCCAAGUUCUUGCGCUUUUUUAAUUAACAUGGGAGCGUCCGUUGAUCCGAGAAAUAGCCAGGGACACACGCCGUUGCAUAUAGCGUGCGCGAGUUCAGAGGACGCUGAUUGUUUCAAAAUUCUUCUUCAAGCUGGAGCGCAAAUUAAUUCUCGAUCGGCGAUUGGAAGAACGCCGUUACAUAUGACGGCAAUUCACGGACGAUUUACUUUCUCGAAACGUUUACUUGACGAUGGAGCAGCGGUUGAGACGCAGGAUAAUAAGGGAAAUACUGCUCUUCAUUUUUCUGCUUGGUACGGACACGAAUGUUUGACAAUGAAACUAUUGGAGAAAGGAGCGUCGCCUUUAACGAAAAAUUCCUUGGGACAAACGCCUCUGCAUUUUAGUUGUCUAAAAAAUCGUGUUGAGGUUUGUAGAAAAUUAUUGCAAGCUGACAUGGGACACAUUGACACGAGGGACAAUAAUGGAAGGACUCCUUUGCACUUAGCGGCAUUUAAGGGUUCGGUGAAUUGUCUGGACCUUCUACUCUCCAGUGGAUCGAAUUUUCGUUCGAUAGACAACGAGGGUCGUUUACCACUUCAUUAUGCGUCGAGUCAGGGACAAUAUCUUUGUAUUUUCACUCUCGUCAGCUUUGGCAGUAAUCCAAACGCAAUUGACAUUAAGGGAGUAACACCGUUGCAUUUCGCUGCCGCUUCUUCGAUUCCCGAAACUUGUAGUCAAGUCGAGGACAAUUGCCGAAUGCUAAAUUGCGUUCAGUACUUAAUUGAGCAUAAAGCUGAUCCAUUAAAGAGGGAUAAGAAUAAUUUUACGACACUUCAUUACGCGACUAUUGGAGGAAAUAUAAAUUCGUUGAAUAUUAUUUGGCAGGCGAUUCGUGGUUCCUGUCCGAAUGACGAGUUUUUGCGCGACGCCUUAUUCAAUCCUUCACUAACACCAUUACAUCUCGCGGCGUAUCAUGGACAUCAUCACAUUGUACGUUGGCUUCUUGGUGUUUAUAAAGAUGUGCAAAUUCGAGACGAUAAUGGAAAGACGCCAUUUUCACUUGCACGCGCGAGAGGUCAUGAGGAAUGCAUUGAACUAUUGCAACCACAAAUCAAGCAACAUAAUGAGGCGAAAAAGCGUAAAAGUUUUUAGAAAACAAAAAGAAUUUCCCCUUGCGCUUUGGAACAAAAAAGAAAAAAGAAGAAAUUGUUUUUCAACGUUUCUUUUUUUUCUCUUUUUUUUCCUUCGGCUCCCCACAUAACGGAGCUUUAUUCAUACUGGGAAAAGCUCACAGGAAUAUUCAAGAAGAGAUUAUUGUCAACUUUUGACCCGCCAAUUCUGUGUUAAAUAUUUAUUAUCAUUUAUAAGCGUCACAUUCUUGGGUUCAGUGACAAUUGAUGAUUUUAUUUUUGACUGACCACUCGUGAAACCAGUUUCAAUUUGAUCCAAACUACGACCACGUGUUUCGGGAAGUAUUGUCAUUGCAAAAACAGC